AUGGGUCUUUGGGGAAUACUUUGCUUUUUAAUCUUCCUAAAGAGGAGUUGGGGACAAGAACAAACCUAUGUCAUUUCAGCACCAAAGAUAUUCACUGUCGGAGCCUCUGAAAACAUUGUCAUUCAAGCUUAUGGAUACACAGAAGCAUUUGAUGCAACGGUCUCUAUAAGAAGUUAUCCUGACAAAAAAUUUAGUUACUCUUCAGGUUAUGUUAACUUAUCCCCAGAAAAUAAAUACCAAAACUCUGCAACAUUAACAAUACAACCGAAACAAUUGUUUGAAAGACAAAGCUCGGUUUCAUAUGUGUAUUUGGAAAUUAUAUCGAAGCAUUUUUCAAAAUCAAAAAAAAUGCCAGUAACCCGUGACAAUGGAUUUCUCUUCAUCCACACCGAUAAACCUUUGUAUACUCCUCAUCAGUCAGUGAAGGUGAGAGUUUACUCACUGAAUGACGACUUGAAGCCAGCCAAAAGAGAAACAGUCCUGACUUUCAUAGACCCAGAAGGAUCAGAAGUUGACAUAGUGGAAGAAAAUGAUUACACUGGAAUCAUCUCUUUUCCCGACUUCAAGAUUCCAUCUAAUCCCAAAUAUGGUGUAUGGACAGUGAAAGCUAAAUAUAAAGAAGAUUUUUCAACAACUGGAACCACAUACUUUGAAGUUAAAGAAUAUGUCUUGCCACAUUUUUCUGUUUCAAUAGAACCAGAAAGUAAUUUCAUUGGUUACAAGAACUUUAAGAAUUUUGGAAUCACUAUAAAAGCAAGGUAUUUUUACAAUAAAGUAGUCACUGAGGCUGACGUUUAUGUCUUUUUUGGAAUCAAAGAAGACAUAAAAGAGGAUCAAAAAGAAAUGAUGCAAAGAGCAAUGCAAAGCACAACGUUGACGAAUGGAAUUGCUCAUGUCACAUUUGAUUCGGAAACGGCCAUUAAAGAACUGUCAUAUGAAAGCCUAGAAGAUUUAAACGACAAGUACCUCUACAUUGCUGUGACCGUCAUAGAGUCCGCAGGUGGAUUUUCUGAAGAAGCAGAAAUACUUGGCAUCAAAUAUGUCCUCUCUCCCUACACUCUGAAUUUGGUUGCUACUCCGCUUUUCUUGAAGCCUGGGAUUCCAUACUCCAUCAAGGUGCAGGUUAAGGAUGCACUGGACCAUCUGGUUGGAGGGAUCCCAGUUGUUCUGAAUGCACAGACAGUCGAUGUAAAUCAAGAGACAUCUGAUAUGGAGCCAAAGAAAAGCCUCACGCACGUCAGUGAUGGAGUAGCUUCGUUUGUGGUGAAUCUCCCAUCCGGAGUGACGGCGCUGGAGUUUUCCGUCAAAACUGAUACCCCAGAACUCCCAGAAGAAAAUGAGGCCAGCAAAGAGUACCGAGCAGUUGCCUACACAUCUCUCAGCCAGAGUUACCUCUAUAUCGAUUGGACUGCAAAUUAUAAGCCUAUACUCGUGGGAGAAUUUCUGAAUAUUAUUGUUACUCCCAAGAGUCCAUAUAUUGACAAAAUAACUCACUAUAAUUACUUGAUCAUAUCGAAGGGCAAAAUUGUACACUUUGGCACAAGGGAGAAACUUCUGUAUUCAUCAUAUCAAAAUAUAAACAUUCCAGUGACACAGAGCAUGGUUCCUUCAGCCCGACUCCUGGUCUAUUACAUUGUCACAGGAGAGCAGACAGCAGAAUUGGUGUCUGACUCAGUCUGGUUGAAUAUUGAAGAGAAGUGUGGCAACCAGCUCCAGGUUCAUCUGUCCCCAGGUGCUAAUGUGUAUUCUCCAGGCCAAACGGUGUCCCUGAACAUGGUGACUGAGUUGGACUCGUGGGUGGCCCUCACAGCAGUGGACAGUGCUGUGUAUGGAGUCCAAGGAAAAGCCAACCGGCCCAUGCAAAGAGUAUUUCAAACUUUAGAGAAGAGUGACCUGGGCUGUGGUGCAGGAGGUGGCCGUGACAAUGCAGAUGUCUUCCAUCUAGCUGGACUCACUUUUCUUACCAAUGCAAAUGCAGAUCAUUCCCAAGAAAAUGAUGAACCCUGUAAAGAAAUUCUCAGACCAAGAAGAGAUAUGCAAUAUCUACAAAAGAAAAUAGAAGAACAAGCUGCUAAAUACAAACAUCGAGUGCCAAAGCGGUGUUGCUUAGACGGAGCCCGUCGUAAUGAUUAUGAAACCUGUGAGGAGAGAGUCGCCCGCGUUACCGUAGGCCCAUACUGUGUCAAAGCUUUCAACGAGUGUUGUAUCCUUGCACACAAGAUCCGGACUGAACAAGGUCAUAAAAACAUGCAGUUGGGAAGGCUACAUAUGAUGACUAUAUUACCAGUAACAAAGCCAGAAAUUCGGAGCUACUUUCCAGAAAGCUGGCUAUGGGAAGUUCAUCAUGUUCCCAAGAGAAACCAGAUACAGUUUGUGCUGCCUGAUUCUUUAACUACCUGGGAAAUUCAAGGUGUUGGCAUUUCAAAUAGUGGAAUAUGUGUAGCUGAUACACUCAAGGCAAAAGUAUUCAAAGAUAUCUUCUUGGAAAUGAACAUACCCUAUUCUAUUGUACGAGGGGAACAGAUCCAACUGAAAGGAACUGUUUACAACUACAAGACGUCUGAUGUGGAUUUCUGCGUUAAAGUGUCUACUGUGGAGGGAAUCUGUACGUCGGGAUCGGGAAGCCUAGCCACUGACCAUCAGACGACAAAGUCCUCCAGAUGUGUGCGUCAGACAGUAAAGGGCUCCUCCAGUCACUUGGUGACCUUCAGCCUGCUUCCCCUAGAGAUUGGCCUCCACAGCAUCAACUUCUCACUGGAGACUUCAUAUGAAAGAGAAAUCCUAGUAAAAACAUUACGAGUGGUGCCAGAAGGUGUCAGAAGGGAAAAUUAUGCUGGUGUUACUCUGGACCCAAAGGGAAUUUAUGGUAUGGCCAGGAGACGAAAGGAAUUCCCAUAUAGGAUACCACUAGAUUUGGUCCCCAAAACAAAUGUCAAAAGGAUUUUGAGUGUAAAAGGACUGCUCAUGGGAGAAAUCCUGUCUACAGUUCUGAGUAAGGAAGGCAUCGAUAUCCUCACCCACCUGCCCAAGGGAAGUGCUGAGGCAGAGCUGAUGAGCAUUGUCCCAGUAUUCUAUGUCUUUCACUAUCUGGAAGCAGGAAACCAUUGGAAUAUUUUUCAUCCGAAUUCAUUAAUUGAAAAACAGAAUCUGAAGAAAAAAAUAAAAGAAGGGAUGGUGAGCAUCAUGUCCUACAGAAACGCAGACUAUUCUUACAGCAUGUGGAAGGGAGCCAGUGCCAGCACUUGGCUAACGGCUUUUACUUUAAGAGUACUUGGACAAUUGAAUAAAUAUGUACCACAGAACCAAAAUUCAAUUUGUAAUUCUCUAAUGUGGCUGAUUGAGAAUUGUCAACUGGAAAAUGGGUCUUUCAAGGAAAAUUCCCACUAUCAGCCAAUAAAAUUACAGGGUACCUUGCCUGUUGAAGCCCAAGAAAGUAUUUUGUAUAUGACAGCCUUUUCUGUGAUUGGAAUUAGAAAGGCCUUUGACAUAUGCCCCCUGGAGAAAAUCAACACAGCACUAAGUAAAGCUGACAGCUUCCUGCUUGAAAAUGCCCUCCCAUCCAAGAACACCUUCACACUCGCCAUCAUGGCAUAUGCUCUUUCCUUGGGAGAUAGAACACACCCACGUUUUCGUUUGAUUGUUUCAGCUUUGAAGAGGGAAGCUAUGGUUAAAGGUGAUCCACCCAUUUACCGUUUUUGGAAAGAUAAUCUCCAACGCCAACACACAGACAGUUCUGUACCCAACACUGGCACGGCAGGAAUGGUGGAAACCACGGCCUAUGCUUUACUCACCAGCCUGAGCCUCAAAGAGAUGAACUAUGUCAACCCCAUCAUCAGAUGGCUGUCUGAAGAGCAGAGGUAUGGCGGCGGCUUCUACUCCACCCAGGAUACAAUUAAUGCCAUCGAGGGAUUAACAGAAUAUUCACUCCUGAUUAAACAACUUCAUUUGAAUAUGGAUAUCAACGUCUCCUACAAGCACAAAGGUGACUUCUACCAGUAUAAGGUGACAGAGAAGAAUUUCCUUGGGAGGCCAAUAGAGGUGCCUCUCAAUGAUGAUCUCAUCAUCACUACAGGGUCUAGUACCGGCCUGGCUACAGUACAUGUAAAAACCGUGAUUCACAAAACCAGUACCUCUGCGGAAAUUUGCAGCUUUAAUUUGAAAAUUGAUGCUCAAAACAUCGACGCAUCCAGCUACCAUGGCUACCGUGACUAUGGAUACAAACGCAUCAUAGCAUGUGCCAGCUACAAGCCCAGCACAGAGGAGUCUUCAUCAGGGUCCUCCCAUGCUGUGAUGGACAUCUCUUUGCCGACUGGGAUCGGUGCUGACCAAGAAGAUUUACGUGCCCUUGUGGAAGGAGUAGAUCAAUUACUAACUGAUUACCAAAUCAAAGAUGGACAUGUUAUUCUACAACUGGAUUCGAUUCCCUCCAGUGAUUUCCUUUGUGUCAGAUUCCGGAUAUUUGAACUUUUUGAAGUUGGAUUACUGAAUCCUGCUACUUUCACAGUGUAUGAGUAUCACAGACCAGACAAACAAUGCACCAUGUUUUACAGCACUUCCAGCACCAGACUUCAGAAAGUCUGUGAAGGAGCAACAUGCAAGUGUGUCGAAGCUGACUGUGGGCAAAUGAACACAGAACUGGAUCUCACCAUUUCUGCAGAUUCCAGAAAGGAAACAGCUUGUAAACCAGAGAUCGCAUAUGUUUAUAAGGUUCGCAUCACCUCCAUCACUGAAGAAAACGUUUUUGCCAAGUACACUGCCACUCUUCUGGAUAUUUACAAAACAGGGGAAGCUGUUGCCGAGAAAGACUCUGAAAUCACCUUCAUUAAGAAGAUGUCCUGUGCUAACGCUGAGCUGGUGAAAGGAAGGCAGUAUUUAAUCAUGGGUAAAGAAGCUCUACAGAUAAAACACAAUUUCAGUUUCAAGUACAUCUACCCUCUAGAUUCCUCUACCUGGAUUGAAUAUUGGCCCACAGACACAACGUGUCCCUCAUGUCAAGCCUUUUUAGCUAAUUUAGAUGAGUUUGCUGAAGACAUCUUUUUAAAUGGCUGUGAAAAUGCCUGAAGAAAUUUAUCUAUGCGCAGUUUUCACGUAUAGACACCUAUUGUUGAAACCUUUCUCUUCCUCCUUUUGCUCCUCUUCCUCCUCCUUCAGAGCUGGUCUUACUUGGAAAGCUCAUUUUCCCCAGAAUU